AUGCGGCGAGGCUUCGCCGGCAAUUGUCUGUGCGGAUUUGGCGGCAGAACCCGUGCGGGUGCGGCUGCAUUGUCUAGAGUCUCUUUGUUCGGCUGCCGGUUGCCGGCGGCGAGUGGCGGAUGCGGCGGCGUGGUCUGUGUGUUGUCGCACGGCGGUCACUGGCGUGAGUGUGAGGGGGGCACGCCUGGCCCUCUGCCGUCACCGAGAAAGCGGUGGAAUAGUCUGGAAGGGCUCUUGGCUGGUGUGGGUCCGACGCACCCGGCCAGCGUUUUCGACGACGGGCCCGUGGCUCUUGGCCGCCUCGUGAGCAAAUUGUCGGAGGCGUCUUACACGGUGGAGAUGCUGGGUACUGCCGAGAGGGGUUGCCACGGGGGGAACCGCCGCCGGGCCGCGGCGCAGCUGUUGACGGUGGAUGCUGGCACGCGGGUGACGGUCAGGAUGGAGAAGGAUCCCUCGAGCACAGCGGCGGUGGCGCAGUCCGCCAUGCAUAUGAUGGGCACUAUCGUAAAGGUGGACGGAGAUGCCACGUAUGUUAUACUAAUGGAGAGCGGCGAGGUGGAGCUCUCUGUGGCACGUGAACGCAUUGUGGCGCUGCAGCCGCCGAAGAAGCUGCUCCACAGCGCGAGGCUGGUGGCGCUGGUAGGCUGGCUGCGCUCCUGCGUGCACGACCCGCGGAACGUCGAGGCCAUCGCGCUGAUCCUGUUCAGCGGCGGCUGGCGGGAGGAGCGGAUGCACCUGCUGGGUGGCGUGGAUCUCCUCCCGCUUGUGUUUGUGUCGAAGGUGGAGCUGGACAGCAUUAUGGAGAAGGUGCAGUGGGAGCGCGACCACUACAGGGCGAUGCGCAUCCUGCGCCGCGAGCGGAUGAAGGAUAGGAGCUUGCGCUACGCCCUGGCCAAGUACAAGGGCACCAUGAGCUGCAUUGCCGGGGUGCUGGUGGUCGGCUACGUGUUCACGACGAACCUGCGCACGUACCGGCGGCAGCUGCGGAGCCAUCAGCUCCAGACGGCCAUCGAGACCCUCUCAGAGGCUGCCCGGCCAUCGACGGAUGGGUGUGCCUGCGGCGGCCGGUGUGUGCCGUGUCGCGGCGCGGUGCGCGUGGAGGGGGUGCCGCUGGUUCACGUGGACGUGGGCGGCACGGAGGACACCCUGCGCAGCGUUGUCGAGGCCCUGGGGGUGGGCAAUGCGGAGGUGUGCGGCGACCUGCUGGGGUGUGUGGAGGAGGCCAUGCGGGGCGCGACCGUGAAGAGCAGCGGCCGCCUUCCGUUCUUGGUGAUGAGGCUGCGCGAGGGCAGUGAUCUGGGCAGAGUGUACGGCGAAGUUGUGAGCCUGGUGAGCGAGUGCCAGGCCUGCCAUAUCAUCCUGGAGGUGCCGAUGAAGGCUCUGACCCCCUCGAACGUGUCGUUGCGGAGGCUGGAUUGUUACUGCGUCGCACCCUUCUCCCGCGGGCAGGCAUUCGCCUACACGGAACACGCGGUGGACGCGCUGGACCUGGUGUACCUUGCGGAGGUGGUGGGGACGCGCAGCAGCGACGUUGACGAGCUGUGCACUGCGCUGCGCCAGCGCGGCGCGGACCCGGUCGCGUACACGAGCCUCAUGCUUGUGAGAGCGAUGCGUCGGCUGCAAGCUGUGCUGGGACCGCCCGGCUCGCCUGCGCGUGCGGCGAUCCGACAGCUCGCCUCGAUGCCGUACACCGACGGCGUGCGUGAUGACGCCAUUGGAGCGAUGCCGGUGCUGGGGCAGCCAGAUGUGCAGGAGAUGGUGCUGUAUGAUCCGGUGCAGGACGAGUGGCGGUUCGCGCAGCCGGUGUACCACACCGCGGCGCGCUGCAUCUUGAUCUAG